UCAGACUGAAAGUUGGAAAGUAACAAAAGAGAACGCUCAUGAUAAUAAAAAGCAGCUGCACGAAGAAAGAUUUAAAGUGACAGUGCACGCACUUAAAAUACUGUGCUAGACAACACUUCUGUAAAAUCACUGAAGAAAAAGCUUGGAAUGUUUACAGGGCAGCAGAACUUUCUAGGGUUAACUGUGCUUCUGUCCAAACAGCAAGCGAGCGCUCAGGCACACACACUGCCGUGCAUAUAGCUACACUACUGUAGCGUGAAGGGUCAUGUACAGGAUCCUCACAUCCCCAUACAGCUACAAAGAUCACACAUGAUGGUACUGCAGCGCUGAAUCAAUUAACCCUCUCUGGCUCUUUUCCAGCCAAACUCCCACUCAUUUACUUCCCUGCUUUUCAAGCACUGAAGCUGAAUACACUGGAAUGAGACAAUGAACAAACAAGGGUAGCAGCAGACUGUGAGCUUUGCUAAUGAACAAAGAGAAAACUGCAUGCAGAUUCUGCUAAUCGCUUACAUAAAAUCAUCAAAAGAAUGGAAGAGGAAGGACAACAAAAAAGAACACCACCUUAUUUCUAUCUUAUUUUAACUGUGGCAAGAACGAUUCUUCUCAUCCACUCAGGAGUUGGAGUAAAUGCCUGGGUAAGAAAAAUAGUUUUCUUAUAACAGAAAUUCGUAAUCUCGGUGUUAGAAGAAACAGAAGUGCUAAAGAACAGCACACACAGAGAAACUUCAGAAAAAUUAUAUAAAAACAAAACCAAAUGAACAACUUGUUUUCCAGAAAGUAGUGAAAAAUCUUAUCUUAAAAUCCACCACGUGAUGAAAAAGAAGAUGACAAAGGAUCCUCCUGGAUUCAAAGUGAACUCUACUAAAAAGCGAGAGAAAGAGGUAAGGCUUUCUUCACCUGAAAACUGCAACACAUUGGAUCUUCUCAUUAACUGAGUAUUUGUUCAGUGUAACGCUACAACAGCUGCUUUAGUCUCUGCCUGAAGGGGGAAAUGCAAGUGUUAAAUCUUCAGCAGACUUGAGACAGAGACAGAAAGAAAGACAGAGAGGGAGAGAAAAGGCUUAAUAAAAGCCCUGCUCGGAUUACAAAAACAAGUGGUGUACUCAACCCCCCUCCAAGUAAUGGGUAAAUUUAGAUGUCUCAGUUCCAUAAAUCCUUACAGUCCCCUUGAGACUGUCACCAGUGUUUUAUCGUCCUCAGCUUCCUGACCCUCACCUGAUAAAUUAGGAUCUGUAGACAUUAAACCGGAAACCUCAUACAUCACUUCUGAAGAUAUUUUUGGGGUGAUCCUCUGCGGAGAAAUAGGAUUCUUAAUAAGGGGAAAUAUGGGAACUGCCGUCUGCCUACGCACACGCUGCUGGAGCCUAGACACUCUGGAGAGGAGGAGUUGCAUAUACACAAUGUGAGCAUCUGCCUUUGCAUCAGUUUGUACUUACAAAGAGCAAAUCUACAUACACCGUAUCUUAAGGGAACCAUUUGGCAUCCAAAUUCAUCUAACACUUUUUGCUGCUCUAGAAAGAAGAAAAAAAAAAAAAUCAAGGAAGCUAAUGCACUGCUUACUUUUCACAGCUAUUGCACAGUUGCCUAUAAUCUUCUGAAAACUGACCCUCACUACAAAGGGGAGACCAGACCACUGAACCCUAGCAGCCAAAGAUGGACACAAGACAGGACUUCCAGUUUUAAGAUCUCCUUGCACCCAGCAAGGCACUGGAUGAAAAAAGUCAGAUACCAGCUCGGACAUGGCUACUGUAUCUCAAAAUAGCAGAUGACCAGUUUACAGUACUGACCAUGCUGGCCUUUCUUCAGGACCAUCCUGGACCAGAGAGGAACAGUGAACUCCUACACCAUACACAAUCCCUGCGCAGAAUAUCGCUCCUGAAUACAUUCUGCUGCUCACAAAAAUGUCCCAUUCUUUAUUUUUGAAUGGGUCUGGAGUUGGCAAUGGAUCUUUGUCGCCUCUCUCAGUAACAGGAGAACCCAAGCAGGACUAUCCAAGCGACGAACAAGGAAACAAAGUACGCUGGGCAGCUUUACUGAUCCUCCUGGUGAUAAUCCCCACCAUUGGGGGGAACAUACUUGUCAUACUGGCAGUGUCUCUGGAGAAAAAGUUGCAAUAUGCGACCAACUACUUUUUGACAUCCUUGGCGGUGGCAGAUUUGCUCGUGGGUCUGUUUGUGAUGCCGAUUGCCCUUCUCAUAAUACUAUUUGGCAUUGCUAUUCCGGUUCCUAUCAGAGGCAUUGAAGAAGGAAAUGGCAACUCUACAAACAUCACGUGUGUCCUGACGCCUGAUCGUUUUCAUGACUUCAUUCUAUAUGGAUCGGUGGCUGCAUUCUUCAUUCCCCUCACUAUCAUGAUAGUCACUUAUUUUCUGACAAUCCAAGUGCUACGUAAGAAAGCCUAUUUGAUCAACAAGCCACCUCAGCGUUUCACUUGGUCAACAGUAUCCACGGUAUUUCAGCGUGACACAACCCCUGCCUCUUCACCAGAAAAGGUGGCCAUGCUAAAUGGCUCCAGAAAGGACAAGACUUUGUCCAAUGACAUGCCUAUCAUCAGAACAUCUACAAUAGGGAGGAAGUCCAUGCAAACAAUAACCAAUGAACAAAGGGCAUCAAAAGUUCUGGGGAUUGUAUUUUUUCUUUUCUUGUUGAUGUGGUGCCCAUUCUUCAUAACAAAUAUCAGUUCAGUUCUGUGCAACUCCUGCAACCAGGAGGUUUUCCAAAAGCUUAUGGAGAUAUUCGUUUGGAUAGGAUAUGUAUCUUCAGGAGUAAACCCUCUUGUCUACACACUCUUCAACAAAACAUUCAGGGAGGCUUUCAGCAGGUAUAUCACUUGCAACUAUCGGACCACAAAGCCUAUCAAGGCCCUUCAGAAGCGCUCCAGCAGGAUCUCUUUCAGAAGUUCUGUGGGAGAAAAUUCCAAGCUCUUUGUCAUGCAUGGGAUGAGAAAUGGGAUCAACCCUAUUAUGUACCAGAGCCCAAUGAGGCUGAGGAGCUCACCUAUCCAAGCAUCAUCAGCCAUUCUGCUAGAUACAUUACUGCUCACAGAGAAUGAAGUUGGUAAGACAGAAGAACAAGUCAGCUACGUAUAGUGGAAUGGGAGCCAUGUCCAUAUCAUAGUAUUACUGUAUGUAUUAUUCUAGGUAACUGUGCUAUAAGAGGAUAUAAAUACUAUUGUUUUCUGUUAUUUAUGCAAGCAAUAUCUUAUAAAUUUAUAUCAAUUCCUCUCCUCCAAAGUCUCCUGUACUAAUAACCCCAACCUCAUGGUAACAACCAAAACUUCAUUUCAUGGUAAAAGAUGCAGAGCUGUAGCCUACAGGAAGAGGGAAAUAAAUAAAAGCUAAAUCAAUUUGAGU